AUGGCAGAUUUGACACAUGUCACGUCGAGUGAUGCAGCAGUAGUAAGGCCACUGGGACCAGCAAAAGUUACACUGCAGUUUGUGGCCGUGGGCAAUGCACCGCUUAUGAAGCGCACCAAGUUCACAGUGGGUGGUCAGGACCAAUUAAGCGUGGUGUACAAAUUUUUGAAAAAGCAGCUCCGGCUUAAAGAUACCGACUCGCUGUUUGUGUAUUGCAAUAGUUCGUUCGCACCAUCUCCCGAGCAAAGACUUAGUUCAUUAUUUGAAUGCUUUCAAGUGGGUGAUGUAUUGGUACUGAACUAUAGUCUAACGCAGGCUUGGGGAUAA